GAUGCGUCGCUCUGCCGCGCCUGGGUGACGCAGCUCGGCGCGCCGCUGCUGCUCGCACGGAGCGCAGGCCUCCAUCAUCAUCAUCGGGCAGAGACGAGGAGAGAGACGAGAGGAGACGAGGGGAGAGACGAGGAGAGAAGACGGGGAGAGGGGAGAGACGAGGAAGAGCAUAGACGAGAGGAGAGAAGGGAGACGAGACGAGGACAGAGUGAAGCAGAGACACAGCGAUGUGUGAAGGAGCAGUCUUGUCCCGUUAAGCCGUGGCCACGUUUAGUUCCGGCUACAGAGGGAGGUGAAGUGAACGUGAGGCUGCAGACAUGCCCAGCAAACAUUUUGUGCUGAAGCCCCAAGCUCGCUGCGACACCAAAUGGCUGGAGACAGAGCUGCAGCUGAUCUUCAGCCGAGAUGGGCUGUGCACUCUGUGGAACGAGAUGGUGAAGGAUGGUGAGGUGUCGUUUGUUUACUGCGAUGGACCCCAGAAUUCCAACGAAGCGGCGAGUCCCAAAGAUGAAAGCCGGGAGUUGCAGUCGAGCUCCAGAAAGGAGGAGGCCAACGAGCGCGAGAAGGAGGAGGACGAGCUGCAGGCCCCGCCGCGCCAGGCUCGCGCCAUCAUGGACUCGUGGGUGUGGGGCAAGCAACCCGACAUGAGCGAGCUGCGCGAGUGCCUGCAAGUGCUCGUGAGCGAGCAGCAGGAUAUGGCGGCACAGGCGGCCUCCAGCACGCUAUCGGCUGCCCGUCUCCGCCAGCGGCUGCUCAUUCUGGAGCGCUACCUGCUGGCGUUGGGCCGCAGCCUGCCGCCGUCGGCCGCCUCGCCCGCCGACGGCAAGGGCCCGCCCGCGGGCACGCCCAGCGCCACCGCGCCCUCCGCCAUCACCCAGAACGGCGGCGGCACGGUCUCUGUUGCGGCCGCUGCCGCUGUUACCGCCGCAGUGACCGACAAGUGCGGCAUGCGGGCAGUGGGGAAGGGCGUCGAAGGGCUGGCUCGCGUGGGCUCCAGAGCUGCCCUCUCAUUCGCCUUUGCCUUCCUGCGCAGAGCCUGGCGUUCGGGCGAAGAUGCGGACCUGUGCAGCGAGCUGCUGCAGGAGUCGCUGGAUGCACUGCAGGCCUUGCCCGAGGGCACGCUCUUCGACGAGACCAGCGUCUCCGCCGUGUGGCUGGAGGUGGUGGAGCGAGCCACCAAGUUUCUGCGCUCCGUCGUCACUGGUGACGUGCAUGGAGCCGCCAAGGGCCCUGGCGGGAUCCCCCCUCAGGACCAGCACCUGGCCCUGGCGUUGCUGCUCGAGCUUGCGGUGCAGAGAGGAACGCUCAGCCAGAUGCUGUCGGCCGUGCAGCUGCUGCUGCAGCUUUGGGACAGUGGCACGAGGGAGGCGGAUAAUGAGCGCUCGUCUGAGGGCACCAGCGCGCCCUUGCUGCCUCUGCUGCGCCGGCUGCACCACAUCCAGGCUGGCAAGGAGCCUACCGCCUCCAAGCAGGACGAGCCACAGGUGCUGGUGAGUCCGCUGGGCCCCAAUGAGAGCUUCCUUCGCUACCUGGUGCUGCCCCAGGACAAUGAGGUAGAGAUCGACCUGCGACAGACCGCCGUGGUGAUUAUGGCUCACCUGGACCGACUGGCGGCGCCGUGCCUGCCGCCACCCUGCAACGCGCUGUCCUCACAACCGGGGGGCGGCCGCUUUUCCCAGCUCGUCCAGGCCUGGGGUCUCCUGGAUUGGGGCGGUCAGACGCUGCCCCUGGUUAACGGCCCCAUGCAGGUGGAGGCUCUCUCAGAGCUGGGCCUGGAGCACAUCGCUUGUUCCGAGAAGUGUCUCUUGGCACUCGCCAAGGACGGCAGGGUCUACGUGCAGCCCUACCACAGCGAGCAGCCGCCGCAGCUGCUGGUGGCGCUGGCGGAGCACGUGGUGGUGAAGGUGGCCACGCACCCACAGGGCAAGCACUUCCUGGCCCUUUCUGCCGACGGGGACGUCUGGUCGUGGGGCUGUGGAGAGAGCGGCUGCCUAGGCCACGGGGACUCUUGUGCGGUGGACGAGCCCAAGCUGGUGGCGGCGCUGUCGGGCCGUCCGGCCGGCAAGCAAGUGGUGUCCGUGUUCUGCGGGAGCACAUACAGCGCGGCCAUCACCGCCGACGGGGAGCUCUACACGUGGGGGCGCGGCAACUACGGUCGCCUGGGCCAUGGCACCAGCGAGGACCAGAGCACCCCCACACUGGUAGCUGCCCUGGCUGGGCUGAAGGUGAUCGAUGUGGCCUGUGGUACCAAAGACGCACAGACCCUUGCUGUUACGGAUAACGGCCAAGUGUGGUCGUGGGGCGACGGAGACUACGGGAAGCUGGGGCGCGGCGGCAGCGACGGCUGCAAGACGCCCAAGGCCGUGGACAAGCUGCAGGGCGUGGGCGUGGCGCGCGUAUGGUGCGGCUCCCAGUUCUCGGUGGCGCUGACGCGCGACGGCUGCGUCUACACGUGGGGCAAGGGCGAGCGCAAGCGGCUGGGCCAUGGCACCGAGGAGCACGUGCGCUUCCCACGCCUGCUCGAGGUGCUGCAAGGUGAGAAGGUACUGGAUGUGGCCGUGGGCAGCACGCACUGCUUGGCGCUCACGGAGGAGGGCCUCGUCUACAGCUGGGGCAGCAAUGAGCAGUCGCAGCACUUCGACACGGCGCUCAGCAGCAAGCCGCUGCCGACGAUGCUCGCGUUGCCCGACACGGAUCGCCACCGCAUCGUUGGCAUCGCGUGCGGCCCAGCGCAGAGCUUCGUGUGGAGCUCCUGCUCCGACUGGACCGUGGGCCUGCGGGCGCAGCUGGUGGUGGACGUGUGCCAGGCCACGUUCGAGCAGCUCGACCUGCUGCUGCACGGCGUGAGCGAGGGCAUGGACGGCUCGGCCGACUGGCCACCCCCGCAGGAGAAGGAGUGCAUGUGCGUGUCGACGCUGAACCUGCUGCGCCUGCAGCUGCACGCGGCCAUCAGCCACCGGGUGGACCCAGCGAGCCUCGGCCUGGGCAUGGGCAGCCCGCUGCUCAGCAGCCUCAAGCAGACGGUGGUGACGCUGGCCAGUAACACUGGCGUGCUGCCCUCCGUGCAGUCGGCCGCCCAGGCCGUGCUGCAGAACGGCUGGUCGGUGCUGCUGCCCACAGCCGAGGAACGAGCCCGGGCCCUCUCUGCCCUGCUGCCCAGUGCAGUGUCUGGACACGACGUGGGCAUGAGCCCCGGGCGCCGCUUCAUGACCGACCUGCUCGUCGGGAGCCUUAUGGCUGACGGCGGCCUCGAGUGCGCGCUCAACGCCGCCAUCGCCGCCGAGCUCCAGCAGGACAUCGAGGCCAAGAAGGAGGCGCAGAAGGAGAAGGAGAUCGAUGAGCAGGAGGCCAACGUGUCGUCGCUGCAGCGCACCGGCUCUCAGCUCGACAAGGACAUUAUCAACACCGGCCUCUACAACGACUACACCGGCGCCAAGAGCCUGCCGCUGGUGCAGCUCGUCCAGCAGCUGCUCAGAAACGUGGCAUCGCAGACGAUCGGCAAGCUGAAGGUUGUGUCCGUGAACAUCGCCUCCUCUGAGUUCUGCGAGUUUGGGAGUCCCCCAAGGGAGAAGUCGGCCUCCCUGGACCUCCUGCUGCGCUUUCAGAGGCUGCUGUUCAGCAAGCUGUACCCAGCAGAGGGACUGGAGCCCAGCGGCGCCGGCUCCCUGCUCAAGAAGUACAUCGUGCUGCUGUGCAGCCAUGUGGCCGACGUGCUGCCCGUGGCCACCAGUGUGGCCCACUCCAGCAGCCGCCACUUCGCCGAGGUCUCGUACGUCCUGGAGAGCGACCUGUGUGGCGUGCUCUUGCCGGAGCUGGUGCUCGGCGUCUUGCUGCUGCAGGUGAAGUCGCCGACGCUCAUGCAGGACGCCGGCGCCAUCCCCGUGCUGGCCGGGCUGCUCGAGCACCUCGACCGCUUCAACGGUCUGGCGCCCGGCGCGGAGAAGGACGACCACGAGGACCUCGCCUGGCCCGGAAUUUUGGUGCCAUGGUCGUUCCUGGUGCCGCUCAGCCCCCAGAACAGCGAAGAGAUAACGGUGAUUCGCAAGUCAGAUCUGGAGAACCACAACAAGGAUGGUGGCCAGUGGGCCGUCCUGCAGGGCCGCGUCUACGACGUCCUGCUCUUCCACGCACAGACACUGGUCGAGAACGGCCACCUGGCUGAGUACGCGGGCGAGGAGCCUCUGGCUGCACUGGAGGCCGCUUUGCACUGUGAGGAGCUCAAGGAGACCAUGCAGAGCUUCUGCGUGGGACACUACCUGGACCCGGAGCAAGACGUGGUAUCGUGUGUGGAGCUGGGCAGCAUGCCGUCGCCUCUCGCCGACACGGAGAGAGCCCUGGGCCUGCUCCUGGGCCUGCACUCUGCCCACCUUGCUUGCAGCACCCCGCUGUCGGCCGUCGAGGUCGAAUGUGCAGAGUGGCUGCAGUCUCCGUUGUUCCUAGGCGGGCUGCAGACCAACCCCACUCGCUACAGCUACAACGAGGAGAAGGACGAAGACCACAGCAGCGCGCACGAGUCUCACCCUUCUGGCGCCGCCAAACUUAAGGCCCGCCGCCUCACGCUGCCCGAUGCCUCGCAACCCUUCCUGCAGGCCCUGGCGGACAACGCCACCCACGACCACGCUGUCAAGGACUUCCUGUGCCACCUGGAACGCUUCCACAAGCAGAGCAACCUCAUGACUCCGAUCGCGUUCCCGGCUGAACAUCCCGUCGAGGAGAUUGGCCGAUUGCUGCUCUGCUGCCUUCUCAAGCACCUGGACCUGGGACACAUGGCUCUGUCGGUGAUCGAGCAACUUCCCACGUCAGACCCGAGCAAAGCGGCGAGGCUUCCCAAGCCCCUGGUGGAUGUGUGCAGGGCGGUGUACCAGGCGAAGUGUACGCUUAUCAAGACGCACCAGGAGCAGGGCCGCUCCUACAAGGAGGUGUGCGCGCCGGUCACCGAGCGCUGCCGCUUCGUCUUCAACGAGCUGCGCCCAGCCGUCAGCACCGAGCUGUCGGUCACAUCGCGCGUGCAGCUGCUGGGCUCGCUGUCACGCUGGCGCAAGAUCGUGCAGACGCUCAUCCGGCAGAGGCGUGCGCAGACCGUUUCCAAGAAGUCUGUGGAUGAGGAGGAACCCAAGCUGGAGGAGCCCAAGGAGGAGGAGCCCAAGGAGGAGGAGCCCAAGGAGGAGGAGCCGAAGGAAGGCGCUCCCAAAGAGGAGGAGCCGAAGGAGGAGGAGGGGGGCCUGGGGGAAGGGCGGCUGGAGUUCCCAGGGGCUGUCUGGGAAGUGGCACCCACAUCCUUGCAGGCCCUCCCCCUGGCCUCGUUGUCUGACCACGCCGCUGCGUUCGCUGCCAGGGACAAGGGCGAGGUGCUCACUCCGGGCCCGCCAAGGCAGCGCUGGGCGGUGCCACAGCAGCAGGCGCUGGGAGCCAGCGACCAGGCCCUGCUGAUGGGGAAGGUGGUGGAGCUGGUGCUGAAGGAGCAGCCCAUGGACGUGGAGAAGCUCCGGCGCUGUCUCCUCAAGCAGAUGGAGCGCGCGGAGGUUCGUCUGGAGGGCGUGGAGGCCAUCAUCCGGCUCGUGUCGCGCCGCGCGCUACUACCAUCCGUGCGCUACGCGGUGCUGUGUGGCUGGCAACGUCUGCUCCCCGAGGGGGCCCCGCGCCGCACUCUAUUCUCUGACUGCCUCCGAGACGUGGACCUCACUCCGCCGUUCAGUCGCAUCCUCCUGGAAGUCACCUUCAGCAAGGUCCACAGCUGGGCCAUCGACAACAUCCGCAGUAUCGUUCUGGACGCAGACAGCAAAUUCAAAAACUCAGGAAUCCAGCCAGCGCCCCUCAUGACCAUGACGAAUGAGAACCCAUCGGGGCCCAGCCUGGGCCUAGUGCCGCAGGCUCGCUUCCUGUUGGUCAUGCUGGGCAUGCUGACAUCGGAGCACCGUGCCAACAGCCUGGGCCUUCUGCUCAACUCGGGCAUCCUUGCCCUCACGCAGACGCUGCUGCGCCUCAUAGGGCCGCUGUGGGACAACAGUGAGGAGGCGGCAGAGCCGUCCCUGCAGGGUGCCUCGGCCGCCGUACUGGAGGAGUCGCGGCGCGAGGCGGCCCAGGCUCCGCUGCCCGUGACCGGGCCCGAGCUAGCCGCCUCCAUGAAGGUCGGCACGCGCGUGAUGCGCGGCGUCGACUGGAAGUGGGGCGACCAGGAUGGGCCGCCCCCUGGCCUAGGCCGCGUGAUCGGGGAGCUGGGCGAGGACGGCUGGAUCCGCGUGCAGUGGGACACGGGCAACACCAACUCGUACCGCAUGGGCAAGGAGGGGAAGUACGACUUGCGGCUCGCCGAGCAGCCCGCACCUGCCCAGCCCUCCAGCGUGGACGACUCAGACGUGGAGGAAGACACUGGUGCCUAUGGGGAUGCGUUGGAGCAGAGCUGCCACCCCACGGCGCUGCUCUACCGCUCCGCGCUUGGGCUGCUGCAGUGCCUGGGGCUGUGCACGGGCAUCCACGCCGACGCCAUGCCGGGACCCGCCGUGCGCGCCACGUGCGGCCUUCUGCGCAGCCUCGUCCACAGCGGCACCGUCGACAAGAAGGCCGUCUCUGUGAGCGACCUGGUGGCUCGGGAGCAGCACUUCCGCUGGGGCACGCUCGGCUUCACUCGCAGCAUCGCCCUCUCGGGGGCCGUGUGCAGAGCGCUGAGCACCGCGCAGUGGAUCGGGCUGCUGCUGCGCUUCGUCGAGCAGCGCGGCGGCGGAGGAGGCGGCGUGGGAUCGCUGCAGCGGCAGAUCCUGGCGCUGCGUUUGCUGAGGGCUGUGCUGCCCUCCUGGAGCGGCAGCGGUGGUAGCGAGCGUGCGCAGGAGAUGAAGGCCCUGCUGGAGCGCCUCUUCCUCAUGCUGGGAAACCUGCUGAGCUCCUGCUCGUCCGACAGCCUGUCGGUGCGAGACGGCACCUGCCGCAACCGGAGGGGCCGCCCGCAGGCGUCGCUGACGGCAUCGUGUAGCAGCACGCUGGCCGAGGAGACGGUGACGCUGCUGCGGGUGCUGCACGCGCUGCCCCGCUGGAGCCCGCUGAUCAACCAGCACCUGGAGGCGCACCUGGGCUGCCUGCGUCACCUCAUGGGAGCCGCGCCUCAUAAGGGCGGUGCGGUGGAGCCUGCGGGGGACCGCAUGCAGCUGGAGGCGCGCGGGCUGGUGGCUGUGCUGGCCGUGGUGGGCGGUGUGGACGGGCGCCUGCGGCUCGGGGGGCAGGUGGCGCACGAGGAGUUUGGUCAGGGCACGGUGACUCGCAUCACGGCGCGAGGGCGCAUCACCGUGCUCUUCCAGGAGCCGCCACGGGCCAGUCGUGUGUGCUCACUGCCGCAGCUCCAACCGGUCUCUGAGGUCGGCUUUGACCUGAGCAACUUCCCGCUGACGGAGCCACUGCUCAACUCGUGGGGCCAGCUUGUGAACCUGGCCUGCAGCAAGCAGCACCGGCGGUGGCGAUCUGCGGCCCACGGGCCCACGGACGAGGUGGACGUCGUGCUGCUGGCGAGGCACCAGGUGCUGCUCUACGUGCUGAAGGCCGCGCGCACGCUACUCUCGCACCAAGACAAACUCCGGCAGAUCCAGUCACAGCCAGCCCUCCUCGAGCAACCCAACCCAUCCCUUGAUGAGGGAGCGGUGGCGGUGGCGUCGCCCGACGUCUCGGACCUCUCUCCAGAUAUGCCGCAGCCUCCCAUGAUCCUCCUGCAGCAACUGCUCACGGCCGCCACGCAGCCCUCUCCGCUCAAGGCCAUAUUUACGCGACAGGAGCUUGAGGCGGCCGCUCUAGCCGUGUGCCAGUACCUGGCGCUGGAGGCAAGCCACCCGGCGGUGCCGGCCUUCGAUGAGAGCAGCUCCAGCGAGUCCCUGACACCCACGUCGGCGCCGCCCACGAAGCCGCUCAAGCACAAGCAGCAGCAGCGGCGCCGCCCAUCGCCCCCUCCGCCACUGCCACCUGUCGCUCAGCUCAUGGAGAUGGGCUUCCAGCGCAGGAACGUCGAGUUCGCCCUCAAGUCCCUGUCGGGCGGCACUACCGCCUCGGCAGGCCUCCCCGGGAUCGAGGCCCUGGUGGGCUGGCUGCUGGACCACCCGGACGUGCAGAUCCCGGACAUCUCGGAUGUGGAGAGCGCCACGUCGGAUGACGUGUCAGACGAGGACCUCCUGGACGAGGCCGAGGAGGUGGAGAGGACGGAUGGCAACUAUGGUCAGCAGGUGUUCGUGACCGAGAGCCAAACAUUUAAAAAGCGUGGAGAUUUCCUGAGCAACGACGACUAUGCCAUGUACAUCCGCGAUAGCAUUCAGGUCGGGAUGAUGGUGCGCUGCUGCCGCAGCUACGAGGAAGUGCUGGAGGGUGAUGUGGGGAAGGUGGUGAAGCUGGACCGCGACAGCCUGCAUGACCUUAACGUGCAGUGCGACUGGCAGCAGAAAGGGGGCACCUACUGGGUGCGCUACGUCCACGUCGAGAUCCUGGGCUACCCGCCUCAGACGUCUCACUCGCACAUCAAGGUUGGGGACAAAGUGAGAGUGAAGUCUUCCGUGGUGACUCCCAAGUACAAGUGGGGCUCGGUGAACCAUCGCAGCGUGGGCGUCGUUAAGGCCUUCAGCGCCAAUGGGAAGGACGUGAUCGUGGAUUUCCCACAGCAGUCCCACUGGACCGGUCUCUUGUCGGAGAUGGAGUUGGUGCCCAGCAGUCACCCCACCGUCACGUGCGACGGCUGUCACGUCUACCCGAUCGUGGGGCCGCGCUACAAAUGCCGCAACUGCGAUGAUUUUGACUUCUGCGAAAACUGCUUCAAGUCGAAGAGGCACAACGUGCGGCACGUCUUCGACCGCAUCAACGAGCCGGGUCAGACGGCGGCAUGCGCCGGCCGCUCGGGCCGCCAUGUGCGGCGGCGCCAGGGAGGCAUGGGCUCGCUCGUUGAGGACUGGUCACGCGUCGUCAAGGGUGUCACGGCGUCGUCGGCGGCGAGCCAUGCGGCGCGCCUCUUCGAUGGCUCCCCCUGGCAAUCGUCGGGCUCCCAGGGAAAGCACUGGGUACGGCUGGAGCUCUUCCCGGACAUGCUGAUCCACCGCCUCAAGAUGAUCGUCCACCCAGCAGAUAGCAGCUACAUGCCCUCUCUCGUCGUCAUCUCAGGAGGGAGCUCUCUCACGACCAUGAUCGAGUUGAAGACGAUCAACAUCGCUCCCACGGAUUUUGUGGUCACCCUCCUGUCGGACUGCUGCGAGCACUACCGGUACGUGGAACUGGCCGUGAAGCAGUGCCGGAGUUCGGGAAUCGACUGCAAGGUGCAUGGUCUCAUCGCACUGGGUCGCGUGCGCUCCGAGGACGACGACUCGGCCGCCGCAUUCUCCUUUCUCGCCUCCGACAAUGAAGAGGAGUACGAGGAGAGGAGCAAUGUGGCCAGUGUGGUGAAGAAGCCGUCUGGGAGCUGCGACUCCUCCCUCAACAUCAAGACCAAAGUGCUUGUCUGGGGCCUCAAUGACAAGGAUCAGCUGGGAGGACUGAAAGGGUCGAAGAUCAAGAUGCCGUCUCUGUCGGAGGGCAUCUCCGCGCUGAACGUCGUGCAGGUGGCGGGAGGGUCCAAGAGUUUGUUUGCCGUGACGACUGAGGGGAAGGUGUUCACCUGCGGGGAGGCCACAAAUGGCCGCCUGGGCCUGGGCCUCACAUCCGGAAACAUCUCCAUCCCCCGGCAGAUCACUGCGCUCGGAAACUACGUGGUGAAGAAGGUGGCCGUGCACUCAGGCGGACGCCACGCCAUGGCGCUGACAAUCGACGGGAAGGUGUUCUCCUGGGGAGAGGGCGACGAUGGCAAGCUCGGCCACUUCAGCCGCAUGAACGUGGACAAACCAAAGCUGAUCGACACCCUCAAGACGAAACGCAUCCGCGACGUGGCGUGUGGCUCGUCGCACAGCGCAGCCAUCGCGUCCAGUGGGGAGCUCUACUGCUGGGGCUUGGGCGAGUACGGCCGCCUGGGCCACGGAGACAACAGCACGCAGCUGCGGCCCAAGCUGGUGAAAGCACUGUUGGGGCACAGAGUGGUCCAGGUGGCUUGUGGGAGCAGAGACGCUCAGACCCUCGCUCUCACUGAUGAAGGUCUGGUGUUUUCGUGGGGAGACGGAGACUUUGGAAAGCUGGGCCGCGGGGGCAGCGAGGGGUGCAACGUCCCUCAGAAUAUCGAGCGGCUCAACGGGCAGGGGAUCUGCCAGAUCGAGUGCGGCGCGCAGUUCUCGCUCGCCCUGUCCAAGUCCGGCCUCGUGUGGACCUGGGGAAAGGGAGACUACUUCCGGCUCGGCCACGGCACGGACGCCCACGUGCGCAAGCCCCAGGUGGUGGAGGGACUGCGCAACAAAAAGAUCGUGCACGUGGCCGUGGGGGCCCUGCACUGCUUGGCUGUGACCGAGGGAGGGCAGGUGUAUGCGUGGGGCGACAACGACCACGGGCAACAGGGGAACGGCACUACUACCGUGAACCGGCGGCCCACACUCGUGCAGGGCCUCGAGGGCCACAAGAUCACGCGCGUGGCUUGCGGCUCCUCGCACAGCAUUGCUUGGACCACCGUGGACGUGGCCACGCCCGCCGUGCAUGAGCCUGUGCUCUUUCAGGCGGCACGGGACCCCCUUGGUGCCAGCUAUCUUGGCCUGCACUCGGACUCUGAUCUGCUGGUGAGCUCCAAGCCCAGUGGCUCCGCAGCGGCCAAACAGAACCGGCCAUCCCUCACCAAGAUCCUGCUGGCCCUGGAUGGCAAACAGGCCAAGCAGCAGGCACUGUCCCACAUCCUCACUGCCCUGCAGCACAUGUAUGCAAGAGAUGCCGUGUGCUGCUCGCUGAUGCCGGGCAGCAUGAUCGCCCCCACGGAGCGCGCCAUCUCCCCGCUGGUGCCCUCGCGCGACCUCUCCCCAGCUCCGCCGCCCGCCGCCGAGGAUGCUGAGUCCUCUGUUGCCACGGAGACGGACGGAGGGCCCAGCUUGGGCCCCUGGCAGGACAAGCGCAAUGAGACAACAGCGUCGGAGGACACGCUCACCCCAUCGACAUCGACCACCUUCUCCCGGCCAUUCAUCCCCGUGACCGAUGACCCCGGAGCCGCCUCCAUCAUAGCGGAGACCAUGACCAACACAGCCAAGGUGACAGAGAGCCAGGCCCGGGCUGCCGUGCCGGAGCCCGAGGGUCUGGAUGAGUUCACGUGCCUGCUCGUGCCCGAGGACACGCGCGUGCUCGUCGACCUGCUGAAGCUGGCAGUCGCUGCGCGUGCCAGCGAGCGGGGCCGCGAGGUGCUGUCGGCCGUGCUGUCCGCCAUGGGCAUCGCCUACUCCCAGGUGGCGGAGAUGCUGCUGGAGCUGUGCGUGACGGAGCUGGAGGACGUCGCGUCUGAUUCGCAGAGCGGGCGCCACGCGGCACAGCCGGCCGUCGUGGAGAGCAGCCACCCCUACACGGACGAUACCAGCUCCAGUGGCACCGUCCGCAUCCCCGGAGCCGAGGGGCUGCGCGUGGAGUUUGACCGGCAGUGCUCGACCGAGCGGCGCCACGACCCCCUGACCCUGAUGGACGGUGGCAGCCGCGUCGUCUCGGUGCGCUCGGGCCGUGAGUGGUCGGACUGGUCGAGCGAGCUGCGUAUUCCGGGUGAUGAGCUCAAGUGGAAGUUCACCAGCGAUGGUUCAGUCAAUGGCUGGGGCUGGCGCUUCACUGUCUACCCAAUCAUGCCGGCCACAGGGCCCAAAGACUUCCUGCUGUCGGACCGCUGCAUUCUGUCUACGCCUUCCAUGGACCUGGUCACCUGCCUCCUCGACUUCCGCCUGGACUUCAGCACCACCAAGAGCAUCAUGCCGCGUCUUGCUGCGUCGCUGGCCGCGUGUGCCCAGCUCAGCGCACUGGCUGCGCCUCACCGCAUGUGGGCCCUGCAGAGGCUGCGCAGGCUACUCACCACGGAGUUCGGCCAGUCCAUCAACGUCAACGUGCUCCUGGGAGAGCAAGCGGACAUGGGCCGUGCUCUGACGCUGAGCGGCUGUGCGCUCGCCGCGCUCGUCAAGGGGCUGCCUGAGGCCCUGCAGCGGCAGUUCGAGUACGAGGACCCCGUCGUGCGUGGUGGCAAGCAGCUGCUGCACAGCCCCUUCUUCAAGGUGUUGGUAGGGCUGGCUUGCGACCUGGAGCUCGAUGCACUGCCCUGCUGUGCCGAGACCCACAAGUGGGCCUGGUUCCGCCGCUACUGCACCGCGUCUCGUGUCGCCGUUGCUCUCGAGCGCCGAUCUCCACUGCCACGGCACUUUCUAGAUGAGGUUGCCAAGAAGGUAUUUGAGCUAAUGGCAGACACGGAGGAGAUGAACAUGCUGCACGAGCGGCACGACCUCUUCAAGCGCGAGCACGACGAGCAGCUGGUGCAGUGGAUCAAUAGGCGCCCCGACGACUGGACGCUCUCCUCCGGAGGGAGCGGCACUAUCUACGGCUGGGGCCACAACCACCGCGGGCAGCUGGGCGGCAUCGAGGGCGCCAAGGUGAAACUGCCAUCGCCGUGCGAGGCGCUCGCUGCUCUGCGGCCCGUGCAGCUCGUGGGCGGGGAGCAGACGCUGUUCGCCGUCACCGCGGAUGGGAAGGUCUACGCCACAGGCUACGGCGCCGGCGGGCGCCUCGGCAUCGGCGGCACGGAGUCGGUGUCAAUGCCCACGCUGCUCGAGUCGAUCCAGCACGUGUUCAUUCGCAAGGUGGCGGUCAACUCCGGGGGCAAGCACUGCCUGGCGCUGUCCGCCGAGGGGGAGCUCUUCUCCUGGGGGGAGGCCGAGGACGGCAAGCUCGGCCACGGCAACCGCAGCCCGUGCGACCGCCCGCGAGUGAUCGAGUCGCUGCGCGGGGUGGAGGUGGUGGACGUGGCCGCGGGUGGCGCCCACAGCGCCUGCAUCACAUCGGCCGGGGAGCUCUACACGUGGGGCAAGGGCCGCUAUGGGCGGUUGGGACACGGGGACAGUGAGGACCAGCUAAAGCCGAAAAUGGUGGAGACCCUGAAGGGUUGCCGUGUCAUUGACGUGGCGUGCGGCAGUGGCGACGCGCAGACGCUGUGCCUCACGGACGACGACAGCGUGUGGUCAUGGGGCGACGGGGACUACGGGAAGCUGGGCCGUGGCGGCAGCGACGGCUGCAAGGUCCCGCAGAAGAUCGAGUCCCUCGCGGGCCUGGGCGUGGUGAAGGUGGAGUGUGGCUCCCAGUUCUCUGUCGCGCUCACCAAGUCUGGCGCCGUCUUCACGUGGGGCAAGGGUGACUACCACCGGCUGGGCCAUGGCUCGGACGACCACGUGCGCCGCCCCCGCCAGGUGCAGGCGCUCCAGGGCAAGAAGGUCAUCGCCAUCGCCACCGGCUCCCUCCACUGCAUCUGCUGCACGGAAGACGGUGACGUUUACACGUGGGGCGACAACGACGAGGGGCAGCUCGGGGACAGCACCACCAAUGCCAUCCAGCGGCCGCGGCUCGUUGCCGCCCUGCAGGGGAAGAAGAUCAACCGCGUGGCGUGCGGCUCGGCCCACAGCCUGGCCUGGUCGACGAGCAAGCCCGUGCACGCCAGCAAGCUGCCCAUGCAGGUGCCAAUGGAGUACAACCACCUGCAGGAGCUGGCCAUGGUGGCCCUGAGGAACCGCCUCGUUCUGCUGCACCACUUCUCUGACCUCUUCUGCCCGUGCAUCUCCAUGUUCGACCUGGAGGGGCAGCUGGGCGAGCUGGGUCCCCUCGUGGGGCUCGACAUGCUCAGGGGAAUCCUCAUCUCGUCGGGAAAGGAGACUGCCUUCAGGAAGGUGGUGCAAGCCACCAUGGUGCGUGAUCGGCAGCAUGGCCCAGUGGUGGAACUCAACCGCAUUCAGGUGAAGCGCUCGCGGAGUAAGGGCGGCCUGGCCGGGCCCGACGGCUCUAAGUCUGUGUUCGGGCAGAUGUGCGCCAAGAUGAGCUCCUUCGGGUCGGACUCGCUGCUCCUGCCGCACCGCGUUUGGAAGGUCAAGUUCGUGGGGGAGUCCGUGGACGACUGUGGUGGUGGCUACAGCGAGUCCAUAGCCGAGAUGUGCGAGGAAUUGCAGAAUGGCCUCACGCCGCUGCUCAUGGUCACCCCCAAUGGGCGUGACGAGUCUGGCGCCAACCGCGACUGCUUCCUCCUCAACCCCGCCGCCAAGUCUGCCGUGCACCUGAGCAUGCUGCGCUUCCUCGGGGUUCUUCUGGGCAUCGCCAUCCGCACCGGAAGCCCCCUGAGCCUGAGUCUGGCCGAGCCGGUGUGGAAGCAGCUGGCUGGCAUGAGCUUGACCAUCGCCGACCUCAGCGAGGUCGACAAGGACUUCAUCCCGGGGCUCAUGUACAUUCGGGACAUGGAGGCAUCGGCAGCCGAGUUCGAGUCCAUGGCCAUGCCCUUCACAGUGCCCAGCGCCAGCGGGCAGGACAUCCAGCUCAGCACCAAACACAGCUACAUCACCAUGGAAAAUCGCAGCGAAUAUGUCCGCCUCGCCAUAGGUUACAGGCUGCACGAGUUUGACGAGCAGGUGGCGGCCGUGCGCGAGGGCAUGGCCAGGGUGAUUCCCGUGCCUCUGCUGUCGCUCUUCACAGGCUACGAGUUGGAGACUAUGAUAUGUGGCAGCCCGGACAUCCCACUGCACCUGCUCAAGUCGGUGGCCGUCUACAAGGGAAUAGAGCUGAGUGCGCCGCUCAUCGUCUGGUUCUGGGAGGUCAUGGAGGCCUUCUCCAACACGGAGCGCUCGCUCUUCCUGCGCUUCGUGUGGGGACGCACGCGACUGCCGCGCACGAUCGCCGACUUCCGCGGCCGGGACUUUGUCAUUCAGGUGCUGGACAAGUACAACCCGCCUGACCACUUCCUGCCUGAGUCCUACACCUGCUUCUUCCUGCUCAAGCUUCCGCGUUACUCGUGCCGCCAGGUGCUGGAGGAGAAGCUCAAGUACGCCAUCCACUUCUGCAAGUCCAUCGACACGGAUGACUACGCUCGCAUCGCGCUCACGGGCGAGGUGCCGGCCGACGACGACAGCAGCGACGACACCGACAACGAGGAGGACGGCGAGUCCGUGGGCUCGGCCUCCACGCAGGACUACUCGGCGGGCCAGUAACCGGCGGCUGGCAGAAAGCCGCCCCGUCUUCAUUCUGUUUGUGUUUUUUUUUACGCAGUUGUACAAUAGACAGCGGCAGCAGCCGUGGGUUGUUCCCGUGACAUCAUUGUGCGAGGCCUAAGUCUUACGUUGCAUUUAGCUGUGCGUUGUUUUGACGUUUUUGUCCCGGCCUGCACACGCUUCUUUAUUUUUCCAGCUGAUGGGAACUCUUGUCAUUGGCUGGAGAAGGCAUUAGCUUGUUUUUAACAAGCGUUUCGGCUGUGCCAAUUCCUCUUAUUGUGGAGGCCCCACUGGUUGGAGGGACAACUCUGUGUUUGUAUGUGUGUGUAUAACAGCACUAGGCACAGUCAAAAGCACUACGGCUGCAGAGUUACACUGCACUGAUGAUCCAUAAUAUGAGUGAGACAAGUACAGUUGCCACGUUACUCUUGCCAGAUUCAGAAUGAUCACGCAGCCUUCUAAGCCUGGUGGCUGCUCAGGCUGCCAGCCAUGUAGGUACACUCCGAGGGGACGGGGGCGGACUUGUUACGUUAUUGCAUUGAUGUGUUUUCCCAGGAUGCUCUGCGCAAAUGUCUUUCACCUCUGUGUGUCACGUGACAUUUUUUCUUUACUCUGCACACACGUUUUUCCAACCGAUGAAUAUAAUAUCAGGAGAGGGGGAUGUUAAGAUUGUUGGGCAGGCAGGCUGGGAUAGUGGCCGUUUAGUCUAGCCAUGCAUGCCAACUAGGGUUGCCACCUGUCCGGGUUUUACCCAGACAGGCUGGGAAUUGGCAUCUGUCUUCUGGUGGCAGGAAUUGAUUUGUACUGAGAUCUGGUAUCAGUAUUGAUGUGUUAAACUUUAUUAAAGUAUCCAGCACGGUUUUGAAAGGCCGAGGCUGACCAAUAAAUAUUUUUACGGGUUAAAGUAGGCAAACUGAAACCAUGCGUCUCUACGCAGCAUUGUCUGAGCAGUUCACUUGGGCCAUAUCGGCUUGAGGAACAGUUUUACUCAUUGUGACGUUCAUAUCAUCAGUUGUGUGCUCGGAGCCAGGUUCAACAACACCAAACGCUGAUGUCAGGUGUGAACUCAAGGCCCACGCUUUUGUGGUGUCACACAGACAAUACGUGUGUGUCAUUUAAGUAGAACAACAUCAACCCUGGGGUGGUGAUGAAGCACUUGUGUUCAGUGUUGUCCGUGAGUUAGGAAAUACCCCGUCAACUGAGAAAAUAGUUUUUCUGUUUCUCUUAUUCCGUUAAAACAAGAGUUGUAAAACUGACACAAUAUAAGUGUUCAUUUCACUGGGUUGCAUCCAUAUUUUAGUUUUUUCAAGCAUUUGGAAAUUUGCCAUCCUAAUGUCAGCCAAUUAGGAAUGCACUGCAGAUAUGAGCAGCUGACAUCUGUAAAAGUUAAACAAAGCCUUUGUGGACUAUGUUCUGUAGGCUACACACACUUUUGUGACAAUGCAUCAGCACUGCAUACAUUUAAAAUAGUGUCAUCAGCCAUCAGAAUGCAUUUCAUGCCAACGGAUUAUUCAAUGAGGCUAGAGGAACAUUUUAGAGGCUUGGAACUCAACACCAGGAGACUGGAUUCCAGGCCGUGGCAUGGGCAGUGACUGAGCUUAAUUGCAGAUCGGCUUAUCCCCAGCGAUGACCAUGUGUGAGGUGUAGCAACAGCUCCAUUUGUUGAUCUCAUCUUUCAGCUCCUUUUGCAAAACCAUUCGAUACAUUUUCUAUAACAGCACACAUACACUGCUAGAUCCUAUUUAACGAUAGUGCAAGACCCAUAUCCAUAUGGAACUGUAAAUAUGGUUUAUCUUUAUUUUCACCAAGGAAAUCUAUACCUGCUUAAACCAUUUCAUGUCAAUGGCUGAAUCUCUCCAAUGUCCUGAUGAGAUAAUUCAUAAAAAAUCAACAUGGUCAGUCCAUGAAAGUCAUCUGAAGCCCAUCACAUUGUAUGGAGCUGGCUUUAAAACUACAGAUCCUAUAAAAAUGUGCUCAUAUUCCCUGGGCUUUCUAGUCGGGAUAUUUUUUUAUGCUUAUGUCUUCUGGUGUAUGUUUUGUUAUAAAAAAAAGUUAUUGCUGCUGGCUUUGACACAACGUUUAAUAUAUCGUUCCAUUUC